CAGGCGGAGAGCCUCAUGUGUGUGUCUGUGCCUUGUGUCUCUUCCACCACAUUAUUCCAGUGUCAUCCGCGUCCUGACGCAUCGUGGUGGCUUUACGAGGAAACACUUGCGGAGCGAAGCGGCCCUGCGUGGGUGACGCUGGUGGGCGUCUGGCUGGCGCUGGUGGGUGGCUGCGGCGGUGGUGAGGCCAAGAAUGGAGUUCAGAGAGCCAUGAUCCUCCUUUCUCUCACGGCCCCUCGUUCCCGCCAUCACAGUCACCGCUACCUUUCCCUGCCAUGCACAUCCUGCCACAUCCUCCGCCCUCCCCGCUCUCUGCUGCCUCCUCCAGCGUGGCCAGUUAGUCGUGUUCGCAGCUGCCAUUAUUCCCACGACUUGCCUGAAUUACGACUCCGGAUGGUGGAUGGUACGCAGAAUCACCGACGCCCCAAGGGAAGGAAGGAGGAAGCCCGGAGAAAGUACCUCUUGUUCAUCUCACAGUGA